ACGAGACUUAUCUUACAGUGAUCCUUCAUGUUGAGCCAUACGUGGACCCCCGAUGUUCCUCCAAUGAAAAAUACAAUGUACUGGAAAUUUUGAAUGUCAAGUAAGAGCAGCAAGUAACAGGGAUUGAAGACACAUCAAGGUGUGAUGGAUGUCAGAGACCUCGACAUGUGAGGGUGGACCACCAUCUGUGCAUUAGUGCCCUCUCUGGACAAGAUGCUCUACUUGGCUCACACAGCGCACAGGCAGUUCCUGGGCCUGAUGUUGGGUGUCCUGGCAUGGAUCCUCAUCGUGGCCACAGCUGGCCUCAAUGAAUGGCGUCUGUGGCACGUGUCUGAUAAAUCCAUCAUCACCUCAGGCGUGGCCUGGGUGGGCAUCUGGAGAACGUGUUUCUACAGCCACGUUCUCUCCAGGAUAGAGAACUGUCAGAGUAUCAGCAUCUCGGACCCCUUCGCGCCGGCAGAGAUCCCUGUGGCUCAGGUGCUGAUGGUGCUGGCGGUUCUCUGUGGCCUAGCUGCCAACAUCAGCGCUACUUUUGCCAUGAGGAUGGUCUACUUCUCCGUGGAGAAUCGCAGACACAUCAGGCUUUUCUUCCUGCUGACAGGGACUCUGUAUGUGUUCACAGCGCUGUGUUCUUUGGUGCCACUGAUAUGGAACAUGAGCUCAGUGCUGAACAACAGAACCAUAGACUUUCCUCCUGAGUUCCACCUCCCUGCUGCUCCCAUCUGGCAGCAGGUUGGCACUGCCAUCGUAGUCGGCAUUUUCGCCUCCAUCCUCAUUUUCAUAAGCGGCCUGUUUUUCCUCAGCUACAGAUACGUCUGGCAGACACUGAGCUCCGAGGCCCCCAGAGACACUAGGGACCCCCUUCACAACCCCUGGACUGGAACAACCCUGACACAGAAAUCAGAACUGCCGAAUGGAAGCAGCCAGGGCAGAGAUAAUCCUGCAUUUCACAUCGAAGAGGAGUCACAUUGACAAAACCAUACCUACAGUUAUGUUUUGUGACUUACUGAGCAUCUGAUUUUUCCUUAUUUUCACUUUUUAUUCAUGGAUGAUGGAAUAAAUCUGGUUCAUUAUCAACACUGCAUAAUACAUACCAAUCCAGGAGACUGUUUGAACUUAUAACAUCAUCAGUAUUCAGAAUAACAGUCAAAAGCUCUUUGUCAUCGAAUCUACAAUAAUAAAAGCUGAUCA